AUGGUCUAUUCUGACGAUCCUCAGGCCAGCUAUGACGUGAAUAGCCACGACGAGAACCCGAUGCCGAGAUACGACAUGAUCGACUCGAACCGGCACGGAACAAGAUGUGCUGGGGAGGUGGCUGCGGUAGCCAAUAAUUCCAUCUGCUCCCUUGGCAUCGCCUACAAAGCCAGCGUCGGAGGAGUCCGAAUGUUGGACGGUGAUGUGACAGAUGCUGUGGAAGCUCGCUCACUUUCCUUAAACCCACAACAUAUCGACAUUUAUUCAGCUUCCUGGGGACCAGAUGAUGAUGGAAAGACUGUGGAUGGGCCUGGAGAACUAGCCAUGAGGGCUUUCAUUGAAGGAGUUACUAGGGGUCGAGGAGGAAGAGGAUCAAUCUUUGUCUGGGCCUCAGGUAAUGGCGGCAGGGACCAUGAUAACUGUAACUGUGAUGGUUAUACAAACUCAAUUUGGACUUUAUCUAUCUCUAGUGCCACUGAAAAUGGACUAGUUCCAUGGUACUCAGAGGCAUGCUCAUCAACGCUUGCUACAACCUACAGCAGCGGAUCAACUGGAGAAAAGCAGAUUGUAACUACCGAUCUGCAUCAUCAGUGUACAUCGAGCCACACAGGCACUUCAGCAUCAGCGCCCCUGGCUGCUGGUAUCUGUGCUCUUGCUCUUGAAGCCAACACUCAACUCACAUGGAGAGAUAUGCAGCACAUUGUUGUUGCAACUGCAAAACCAGCUAAUCUUAAAGCUCCCGAUUGGACAGUGAAUGGAGUUGGUAGAAAUGUGAGCCAUUCUUUUGGAUAUGGCCUAAUGGAUGCAGCUGCAAUGGUCAAACUUGCAAGACAUUGGCCGACAGUUCCAGAGCAACAUAAAUGUGAAGUUUUAGCUCCACAUACUGAUAAGGUAAUACCGGCCAAGAGCUACGUAACUCUGGAGUUACAUGUGAAGGAAUGUGCUGGAGUCAAUUAUCUGGAACAUGUGCAGGCAAAGAUUACAUUGAUGUCACAAAGGCGAGGUGAUUUGGAAAUACAAUUAACCUCUCCUGCUGGCACUAGAACCACUCUCUUGGCCCGACGACCACAUGAUGUAUCCCGUUCUGGAUUCAGGUCAUGGCCUUUCAUGUCAGUUCAUACCUGGGGUGAAAAUCCUCUGGGUAUCUGGAAACUGGAAAUACACAAUGAAGCCAGAUUUUUAGGGAGAGCUACACUACAGGAAUGGGCCCUGAUAUUCUAUGGGACAGAAGUUCCCCCGCCAUCUUACAAAGGGAGCUAUGUUCCACCUCCUGUACCUCCUCCCAGACCACCUCCCCCUUUGAAUCUUCCAACUCAGCCAAAGAAGAGCAAAGGCGCUCGAAAAAAUAAGUCGGCCAACGCCACACAAAAACCAGGAAGAGCGAAGAAAUUAUUCCCAACAAGUGCUCCUUCAGGGGGAAGGAAGACACCCAGGCCUUCAGUGAUAUCUGCAAGAAGGCCUACUAUUUCCCCUUUGCUGACAGCGACCCAUCCGAUAGGGCUUACAAUAUUGUUAGCUCCCCCACAGCAAGCUACUAAACUUUCUGAUUGGAAUUUGAUAUUCUAUGGAACUGAAACUGCCCCUGGUUAUGAAUUAGAAACCGCCACACCUAAGAAAAAAGAAGAUGUAAAUACUGACAGUUUUAAUGAGGACAACUCAGUCGAACUAAACAGUGGAAGUAGGUGGAAAGAAAUUGCCCAACGUACUGGGCAGACCUCGCAGGAGGUGAUACGCACUAUGCCAGAAGUGUCAUCUGGCUGCAACAAACCUUCUAACUCAUGUCUAGGUUUGUCUAUUGUUCUUAUCGUAUUUUUACUAUCUCUGAGGAACGCGAUUAGUGAACAAAGAGUGACACGGACUUAAGUGUUCCCUCGGAUCGUGUAAUUUUUCGUGCUAUGUGAUACAAUAUUGUGAAUUUUUAUUGUACUGGGACAAUAUUUCUUAGACAAUUUUUCAGCAAAGAAGUUUUUAUGGUAAUUUUUAAUAAAAAUGACUUUUUUGAAUUUUUACCAAGUAUGUACAAUGUACUUAAUGGUAGUAUAAAGUAAAAUACAUGUCUGGAGAACAUUUUUAAAUAAAAAAAAGAUUGAUUGAUUAAUAUUUGAAAACAAUAUUUAUAUAUGUAAAUGCAAAAUAAAUAAAAAAUUGUUUCUUUGCCUUUAGACAUUGGUAAAAAUACAAAAAAGUUGUAAAAGUUAAGUAUAAAUCAUAAAUACAUUAUUGCCUUCAAAAUGUUUAUACACUUCAGUAGCAGCAGGCUCUUUAAAUAUUUUUAUUUUUUUUUAUUUUCUUGAUAUCAUCUCAGAUUGAGAAUUCACUUAUCUUUUUUUUUUCUAACCUCAUUUAACCAUUCAAGUUAAUUAUGCUGAACCUCUGUAACAGGACUGUUUUGCUUUAUUGUCUACUGCUGCAAGUGCAACUAUAUAAACGUAAAGAGCCAAUUUAUGUGGUUUGCUGUUUAUUGGUGGAGGUGGAUUUGUCAAUGUUUGAUCAGUAUUAUGUAUUUGGUAGUGUGUUCGUCGUGUAGGGUAUUCCUUUUUCUGUGUAGACCUCCAUCCAAAAAGUGUUCGAAAAUGCUCAAUUUUAAACUAUAUGUUGCUGUGCUGAUUUGGUCGAAUUCAACCCAAUUCAUUCGAUUCAUUGAACACUGAUUUAUUAAAAUUAUCAAAAUUUAAUACCUAUUACAGUUUUCAUUAUAUCAUUAAUAUUGUCAAAAUUCUGUGUUCAGAUUAUAUUUCAUUUAAAAUUUUACCAAUUUAAUUAAUAUUAUUGAUAUUGAAGGUUUGAUUUAUAAAAAACAUAUCAAACAUUGUCGCUAUUGAGAAAUAAAACUAACUUUUCUUACUUCUCUGUCGCAUUAUUAAGUUACUCAAUUUUCCUUUACGAUAAGUUAUUCAAUUAUUAGCUAUAAGGAUGCUACUAUGUUUGUUUACUUUCAAGGCAUGUUUACUAAAAAAAUCGGAUUGGUGAAGGAACUGGUUGUUUCUAGGAAAGGGAAAAGACAAACCAUUAGACUUGAUGGACGAAGGCUGGUUACAGUCAAGAGUUGUAUAGUCUUGGAUUUAUCUUAACCUACUUCGGGACUUGAUUAGUCAAAUUAAAAUCGAUGAUAGCUUGAUAAAUAAGUCAUGCUUGAUGGGAUAAAACAGUUGGUAACGUUAGCCUCAAUAUUGUAGCUUUUAUAAGAACAGGAUGAGGUACCUCAGAUUCUGAAUUUUACUAAGCUUUAUCCCUGGAAGUUGAGUAUAAGCAGGAGAAAGGUCCUAAUCCUAGCUGUUCAAACCUACUUUUGAGAUAGUUUUUAGCAGGCUAAUUGUCUGAAAUAAGGUUUUCUUAGCUUUACACAUUUUUCAUAUUCAGAGAUUUGUGUGGCACACAUUUCUUGAAUGUUCAAAUAUGGUCAAGGAGCUAUACAUUUGGUCAAGAAAUAUCUGCCUUUUUAUUUACAAUCUCUGUAAGUAUUUUUGGUGAAGACCAUAGACCAUAAGAAAACAUAAGCCUUAACCAUUGUGCAACUAAUGGGUGUACUAAUUUCAAAAUGACAAUUUUGAUAUGUUUGAUUUUGUAAUCAAUCCUUCAAUUUAUUUUAGAGAUAAUAUUUCUGUUUUUUUAUUAUUGAAAUUUUUAAAAAAUGUUUUAAUAUUUUACUCCAUAAGAAUUUCUUUUUGUUUCUUCUUUAACUGUAGAUUUGUUUUCAUCAAAUUAUAUAUAGAGAAAAUUUUCAUUUAAUGUUAUCUAUUCCAGUAUAUUUUUAUUUUGAGUUUUUUUUUUUUUUACAUUGUAAAAUAGUUGAGUUGUGUUGGUGAUUUCAAUACUUUUGUGUUGAGAAUUGUAUAAACAUAUAUACUGUAUGAAUAUAUAUUAUAUAUAUGAAAUAUUAUUUAUAAGUCAGUGAGUUUAUUUGAUCAUUGGAGAAAUUCAAAUAUCCAAGGCCACUGAAACGUGUAUAAAGUCUGUAAAUCAAUAUUAAUAAACACAUGAUACAUUAUUUAUAUGGCUGAAUAAAGGAUUAUUCGUUUAAAAAAACCUUGAACCCAUCCUAGCAUUUAUAAUUGCAUUUAAUUUUUUAAAAAAUAUGUUUUUUUUAUUUUAAUAUUUUUAGUAAUCUUUAGUACUAUUUAUAUUAGUCUCUUUUUUUUCUUUUUUGAAAUUACUAUUAUCCCUUGAGCUUGUUAUUAUUCUUCUAGCGUUAAGAUUUAUUUGAUUUAUAAUUUUACUUUCACAGCUUUGCUAAUCUUAUAUACCAGUAACAAAUACCGUAUUUAUUAUUUCUAAAGCAUUUAAUAUCUAAUUUUGAUCUGUGCAACAUAUCAAUCUUAUCAAUAAAUUUUAAUAAAAGAUAAAUAAUUUAUAUCUAUAUGUAUGAAAUACCACUUAAUUAUCCAAUGUAUGAGUAGAAUAACAUGAGAUUACAAAUAUAUUUGAUAUAAUUUCAACAUGAGAUAUAUAUAAUCUCGCUCUCUCCCUCUCUCUCACUAUAUAUAUUUAAAAUUGGAACUCAAUUUUUUAAAUAGAAAUCCCAAAUGAUAGUUCUUUAUAUAAACUAGUAAAGUCACAGAAAGUCCUUUUAUUACAAUAGAAACAAAGAAAUUUUCAUUUUCCAGUUUUUGACAUUUUUUUUUUCUAAAAUUAUCUUUUCAUUAAUGGUUUGCCUAUAGAUUAGUAUAAUAAAUAAUCACAUUUAGUUUUGAUUAUUAUUUAUUAGUGAACAUUUUAGGUGAUUUCUGUCUCUUUCCUCAGCAUUUAUUAUAAAUUAUUUUCUAUAAAGUUUGGAAAUAUUUUGGAACUUUUACAUCUUAUAGAUGCUGAAGAGGGAGACAGAGAUUCCUCAAAACAUUCACUAAUAAAUAAUAAUCAAAACUAACAAGACAAAAUAUUAAUACAAAGAAAGCUAUUAGCUGACAAUAUAAUGAUUCACUAUUCUUUUUAGGAUAAUUCUUUUUUUCUUUCCCUUAAUACUCUUAGGUAUCCAUGAUUUAAUUUUUAUCUUUAUAUGCAUUUAUAAAGGUAUAAAUGAGGUAUAUCAAUUUUAACUUCAAUUAUUUUUAUACUUGUUCCUUUAAUUUUAUUUUACUAUUAUCUGAUGUUAUUUUAUCCUUUCUGAUAUAAGUAAUGUGCAGUAAGUUAACAAAUUUUUUGUCUUGAUAAUUUUUUGACAAACCAUUAUCUAUUAAAUCCUCAAUGAGAUCUUGAUGGUACUAAAUAUAAAAUUGAUUUGAUUAACUAUGGUAUUCAUGAAUUUCAAUAAUCCCAGGUCAUAUUUAAUUUUUUUAUGAAAAAAGAGGUGAUGGGCUUGAGUAAAAUAUAUUUUCACAUUUAUAUGUAAUGUUUUCAGAUAUUAGAGAUACUUGUAGGUAUCUAUUAUUACUAUAUUAUAAUCUUUAUAAUUAAAAAAAAACAAAUUGAAUUAUUGUAAUAAUUUUAUUAAUAUGAAAAUGGUAUAAGUAAUGUAUUCAGCCCGAUAAAAUUGACAAUUUUGUCGAGUAAAAGGAAGUAAGAGAGAAAUAAAACCAAGAAAAGGAGAUGAGGGUGGCGGUGUGUUGGGGCAUGUGGAGCACGUCUCUCAAACAGCAUAUGCUUUGGGAAUGUUCGGCCGGUUUCAUCCUUUGGAAUGGAAAAUGUGAAGACAAGUGCCCUCCAGGUUCUUUUCCUAUAGGGUCAAUGGAAUGCCAGCAAUGCCAUUAUACAUGUCAGCGCUGUGAUGGUCCGAAUGAUUAUCAAUGCACAGCUUGUUUUGGAGAUGCUGAGUUGUAUACUUCUGACUUCGAGAGUUAUUGUUAUCCAAAAUCACUUCAUCAUGCUAUUAAUUUUACUAAGUGGUACUACAGGACUUGUAUCAUUUUAGGAGUUAAUGUGAUUGUAUUUGUUAUCUUAAUACUGGUUUACAUCAGGUAUAAAAACAAACAAGGCAAUGCUAGUAAUCAGGCCGUUUCUUACAUUGAAAAUGUAAAAUAUAAACUUACUCAAGAUGAUAGUGACUCAGAGUGAUAGCUUUCUCUCACUCAAUUUUUCUUUCUGUAUAAAUUUAGUGAAUUAUUGAUUCAAUAUGUUUUUAAAAUUUUAGAUUUUUCAAAAAACAGAAAAGACGCAGUACAUUUCUACUAAACAAAUGUAUUGUUUAUUUUUCUCCUUGUGUCCAAAAUAGCUGAUAGACUGCAGAUUUCUUAUUAUAGUUUUAAUGUACUCGUAAAAACUAUUUCAUUUGUUUUCUAUUGUUUCUAAAUGACACAAAUUGACCGUAAUUAGUCAAAGCAAUGCUAUAAUUCAUUCCUAACUAUUGUUGAACAAAACAAUUUAUAUUUUUGUUAAAAUUUAAUAAUUGUUAUAUUAUUAGUAAUAAUUUUUAUGAAGCAUAAACGAACAAAAGACAGACACUACGUUUUAUUUUUUUAAGUUAGAUGUAGGUAAUCAAUUUAUUUUAAUUCAGAAAAAAGUAGAUAUUUCAUUUAUUUACUUCUAUUUUAAGUGUUAGGUUAAGAGAUGUUUUAGAUAAUUAGUUAGUAAAACCCCUAAGUAUGAAGUAUUAAUAAACAAUAAUAAUUGAACAAAUAAAUUCAGCAAUGCAAUAAUAGCGUAAUAUAAUUAAAUACAAUUUUCUUUCAAAUGUUACAUUAAUCUAUUAAUAUAAUUAUUAUGAGAGUCAUAUUACGUAAUGUUAUUAUGUUAGUUAUUUUAGAUUAUUAUAUUGUUUUUUUUAUGUGCUCCAUCUCUAAUAAAAAAAACAAAAAUAAUAAAAAUAAAAAUGAGAAAAAAUUGUUUUCAGUUAAAUAUUAUAGAUUUUUUCUCUUAGCGUGAAUUGGCUAGUUGAAUAGGAAUCCAUUUAAAUGUUUAAUUUUUAAUAUUUGUGCUAAUAUGACAUUUAUUUUUAAUUUAUUAGUCUGAUUAAUGUUAUAAGGAAGAACAAAAAUUGUUUAAAUUAAAAAUGAUACAAGUUGGGUUUAACUAUUAUUGUGCGAAAAAGGAAAAUAUAAUUCUGGAAGAGUGCUUACAUAAUUAAAGGAUAUGUAAUUGCUAACAAAAUUUACAAAAGUAUAUUUUUAUAAGCUGAUCAUACUGCUCAAUGUAUUACUCAAAAGCUAGCAAGCAAAACUUGCCAGGCUGAAACUAUUUCCGUUAUAUUACUGAAAUGCUAUAAUUUCAUUUCUUAAAAUAAAUAUACUGAGUGAUAAAUAUAAUAAAAUACCUAAAGUCAUUGGUUAUGCUAUGUAUUUGAUAAUGGUAUUAUAUUAAUUUGUUUUUAUUAUCUAAACUCAUUUUAAAUAUUUUUUUAGUAUCUUUAUUUUAAGUUCAUGGUAGUUAUAAGAUUAGGUACAGUAUUUCUGAAUUAUUUUCGGCGAUGAAAGAAAUAAAGACAUUAAUUUUCUGUUUCACUUAUUA